ACACUCGACAAACGCGCAAUCGCUUAGGAGAGCCUUCCUCUAUCUAGACCUGGACAUCCGUCCUUCGUGUAUGCUCAACACGGCAGGUGGUGCGGCAAGGUAUACCAAUGGGAUCAUUUCGAAGCGCUAAGCAUUAAUAAGGAGCUGCAAUCUCCCACCCGUCUGGUCUGUCAUCAGCCAUCAUAAGGUUUCUCUGACGGCAACCAUCGGUUUCCAGUAUGAAAGCUCAAUCUAUCCUGUCACUUGCAGCCAUCGCUGUCAAUGCGGUGGCGCAAGAGAUCUUUGAACCUUCGGACUUCAAUGCUACCGACGCUUUGAUUGCAACCGGCGUUGAUGUCUCUGCCCUUCCUGAACUAGCUUACCUCACAGAGAAGCGAUCUCUGUUCAGUCCCUGUGCUACCGCCUGCAACUCUCUCAGGUUCAUCUUCAAGAAACAGGUUCUCACUAGCGGGUCCUACGAGUACGAUGCGUUCACGGACAGCUAUUGGUCAACACAGACGGCAUCAGUCAAACCUUAUUGUGUGUUUAAGCCUGCAAGAUCAGCAGACGUCGCGACACUGGUACUGCUCUCUCGCCUUACACAAUGCCCGUUCGCCACCAAGGGCGGUGGACAUACUGGGUUCCCUGGCGCAUCUAGUAUUGAGGAUGGUAUCACUGUGUCGCUGGAGGACAUGAACGAGAUCACACUCUCGGCCGACAAGAAGACUGCUGCGAUCGGGCCCGGUAACCGCUGGGGUGCAAUAUACACGAAGCUCGCGGAGCACAAUCUCGCUGUAAUUGGAGGACGUGCUUCUGAUGUCGGGCUCGGUCUUGUGCUAGGGGGUGGCGUUUCCCACCACAGUAACAUCUAUGGCUUUGCCUGUGAUAAUGUGGCUUCUUUUGAGGUGGUCACUGCCUCAGGCAUCACUCUGACAGUCACGCCCACCAAGUUCCCUGACCUUUAUUGGGCUCUCCGCGGCGGUGGCAACAACUUCGGCGUUGUGACGAAGUUCACUUUGGAGACGGUCUCUCAGGGCUUGAUGUGGGGUGGCACUCGCAUACAUCUGGAAGCAGACUAUCCAAAGCUCAUCGAUGCCUUUGCAACGAUGGCGGAGAACACAGAGACUGACCCCAAAGCCGUCCAGAUCUUGUCCUUUGCGGUAACAGCAGGCUCUCCCGCAGCACAGAUCCAGCUUGAGUACCUCGAGCCGGUUGACGAAGCCAACCCACCCGCCAUUCUUAAGAACUACCUAUCGAUCCCUCCAGUCAUACAGAGCACGAUCAACCGAACCCUGGCAUCAGACACGGACAUGCUCAACGCACAGAUGCCUGCAGGGCAUCGCUACUCCUUCUGGGCCGGGACCUUCAAAAUCGACCGUGACUUCAUGGCUUGGAUGCAAGCACUGCAUCAGAAGAACGUCGGAUCACUGCCCGACCAAGGCUCCUUGACGUUCCAAGCCUUCACUGUCCCCGCUCUCAAGCAGAUGAGCAAGAAGGGCGGCAAUGCACUUGGCUUGAAUCCUGCUGACGGACCGCUUUUCCACGUUCUCUUGUACAUGAUGUGGGACGAUGCGGCAAAAGAUGAUACUUUGAACAAGGCCGCCUCCGAGUUCAUGGAGGCUGUGAAGGUCGAGGCGAAGAACAGAGGAUUGUACAACAGGUACAUCUACAUGAACUACGCGGGACCUUACCAAAAUGUGGUACCAGGCUAUGGGGAAGAGAACUUGGCGAGGCUGAAGAGCAUCGCGAACAAGUAUGACCCAAAGGCCAUUUUCCGGAAGCUGCAGCCCGGUGGCUACAAGCUGGAAGGCGCACCAUAUGGUUAUUUCAUAAACCAGACGCUCUGGCGGUAACUCACGACGCUAAGUAGCUACUUUAGGGUGCGCCAGCACGUGCCCAGGCGGAGCGUCAGCGGAGCUGAUUCAUGAGAUAAUCAUAUGGCGAGACCAUUUUGUUCUCCUAGAGUUCGCACAUCUUGAGCAGAGAGGGAGAUCAUUUAGUUUCAGCAGAUAGAUGUGUAUAAUGGCCCAGCAUCGGGUUCUCUGAUGCCAGAAUGAUGCAUGGGGCCCCGUUAUGCCCUUUCAUUCUGACCACACAGACAGUCGCGAACUUUGCACAUAAGCUCAAGCAUCUUUAUUAGUUCACUUGAGCGAGACACAACUGGGCGUAAGCCUUGGCUCGUCGUUCAUUGGCUG